AUGUCGACGCCUAGUCUGGUUUCCGUGUUCAAAAGAUUCCCCAAGGAACUCUUCCGCGUGAACAAUGGCUCUGCAGUGAAGGUGCGCGCCUGGUCACCCAAGCGACGGACAUAUGACAUUGUAGUGGAAAAUGGAGUCGUCCGACCGAAAGCUCUGGAGCCAUCCAGUUACGUAGCUCCCAACGGCGCAUCCAUGAGGCCCAAUUCGCCCUACCAGCAAUCGCUGGUGUCCUGGCGUUUCCGCGGCAAUGACACCAUUGUCUAUUCAGUAGCCGAGGAGAUAUUAACAAAUGCGGCGAAGGGACCACACUUCCUGAAGACCUUCUCCUAG